CAUACUCGGGGGGUGGGGGGUGGGGGGUGUAAGGUGAUGCCAGUAAUACAGCAGUAGUAAUGAUUAGGGAUGCAACGAUACCACUUACCGAUACUGAUACUUGGAUCUGAGUACUUGCCGAUACCGAGUACCAAUACGAGUACUUAUUAAUGCCAUUACACUUCGUACAUUUACUUGAAAACGUGUUUUAUGUUCAUCAGAUAUUGUUUUAUUCUCUGGCUGUAAGAAAUUGCUGUGACUGACAUUUGAACAUUCCAUUAUAUAUGGCAUUGCCACACAUUUUACUCAAAUAGAAGUACUGUUAUAAUGCUAUUAUUGACAUUUUAGCAUUCAACUGCAUCUUUUUUUAGAGAAUAUCUUCAAGGCAGGAGUAGGCCAACUAUUUUCUGUCCGACUGCCACAGCAUCAGCCACGAUCCUCUGUGCUAAAAGCCCCUCAUUAACAGCCAGCUGGAGGGUGUGUGCACUCAUGGCUUUGAUCACGUUUUUCGCAUUAUCACGUACAGAACUUUUAGGGACCCCCCAUGUCUGAAGCAUGUCAUCAAACACACCUGUGAUGGCUUGGCUGGUGUGUGAACCCCUAAAUUGUUUUGCAUGCAGGACGACUCUUCGCAGAGCAAAAUCCUGCCAAUCUGCUGUGCAGUUAAACUGAUGAGGGACACUGGGCUAACGCUGCUCGUCCAAAUAUCAGUGGUGAAGCUGAGGGCCGAAAUGUCUCGCAACAGGCUGCGCAUGUGCCUCUUCACAAAGUCAUGUAGCUUUGGCAACACUGUGCCAGUGAUGUGGUGUCGGCUAGGGAUCUCAUACCUCGGCUCCAGUACGCUGAGAAGCCGUCUAAAUCCCAUAUUAUCAACAACCGACAAUGGCUGGUCAUCAAGAGCAAUGUACUGGCCUCUGUUAUUUUCACUGCGCGCGGGUUGUCUCUUAACAUCUUCUCCCUCUUCUCCAGAGUUUGCUGCAAAGUUGGUUGUUGCUGUUUGCCAUUAUUAGCAAAGUCUUUGAACUCAGCGUCGUGUUGUUUUUUUAGAUGUUUUAUCAGAUUGCUUGUGUUGAAAGUACUCGCUUUCGUCCCUCUUCUUGACAGCUUUGCAGAGCAUAAUUUGCAGUCCACUUUACUUUAGUCACCAUCAUCCACUUUGAAAUACCUCCACACCGCCGACAUUGCUCCUCCUUGCUCUCAAUUAGCAUCCGACCACCCAAGUGAACGUCACGCUGCCGUAAAGUGGUAUUGGGUGCUGUGGUAUCGGAACACUUUCACGAGUACGAGUACAGGGACGGGGUAUCUGACCAGGUACCCAAUGCUGGUAUCGGUAUCAGUGCAUCCCUAGUAAUGAUAGAAGUGAUAAUUAAAGUAUUAACUGCUAACAUAGCAAUACUACUAAUAGCAGUAUAAGUCAUUUCUAAUUCUAGCAGCAGGUGUUGAGUGGAGUUGUAGGAGCAGCAGGAGACUUGUCAUCACAGAUCAGACUCUACAGCUCCAGAGGCAGAAAUACCUGCAGAAAGAGACAGAGGAGGGGAGAGAGACGGGAGAGGAGAGAGAGACGGAAGAGCACAAUACUACAGGCGCUCCAGUCUGAAGAAUGUGUCAGACCUGUUUGUCAUGGGGGGGGCUCUGAUCCUAGAGUCGACAGUGCUUCUCCGCUGGCUGGACAGGGGAGGAUACUGGCCACUGGGAAUGACUGGCAUCUCCAUGGGAGGAUAUAUGGCGUCCCUGGCAGUGACAAACUGGCCGAAACCCAUCCCUCUGAUUCCAUGUUUGUCCUGGUCCACUGCCUCCAGUGUCUUCACCACGGGUGUCCUGAGUAAAGCAGUGAACUGGACAGAACUGGAGAGGCAGUAUGCCAUUAACUCAGUGUAUGAAGAAGAGAUCAUUAACCUGUUGGAGUAUUGCGGGGCAGAUUCCUUUAAGAUGGCUCCACACCUUGAGAAGAAUAUGGAUUCUAUAGAGCAUCUGCUGGGUCUGUCUGGAGCUAACAGAGGACCUGUAGGCCAGUACAGUAGUAAAGGUGGAGGGAAAGCUGAGGCCGGACGGGGCCUUUUGAUUGGUGGUAGCCCUGAAGGGGCCAGGGCUGGAGACAGAGUGGACCAUUUAUUAUCAUCCGUGAACAGCAUUGGGACAAACCUGAACUCUCCACCAAGAGGCCUUCAUGCAAAUAGCACCCUGCAUGGGAAGACAUCAGAUUCAGUUAAAUGCUUUCGGCCAUCAUUGCACAGAGAGUCUAUCAGCUUCAUGAAGGGAGUAAUGGAUGAAUGUACACACAUGGCCAACUUCUCUGUCCCUGUAGACACCAGUCUCAUCAUUGUGGUCCAGGCCAAAGAGGAUGCCUACAUCCCUCGUACUGGAGUCCUCAGUCUGCAGGAGAUCUGGCCAGGAUGUGAAAUCAGAUAUCUGAAUGGAGGACACAUCAGUGCAUAUCUGUUUAAACAGAACGUCUUCAGCAUCCAGAGACGCUUUCAGCCACGGCUCCAUUGGGAUCAGCUGUUAGUACUGAGCAACACAAAGGUACUCCCUGGAACAAGACCAGAUAUCUCCGUGGAACUAAGGAGAAGAAAACGGGGCUGCAGAGGUGCAGUGAAGCGCCGGGAGAACAAAAGAAGGGGUCACUUCACCACCACCCCCUGCCUCUCCAUCACGUCUGACCAGAUGAGAAGGGAGUUGAGGAUGAUCAAGGCGAGGAAGGCUACAGGCCCUGAUGGCAUCAGUGCCAGUCUGUUCAAGGACUGUUCAGAUCAGCUCUGUGGGGUUUUUCUGCACAUCUUCAACUUGAGCCUCCAUCUGGAGAGAGAUACGCUCCUGUGGAAAAAAUCCUGCAUGGUCCCAGUUCCAAAGACUGCACAUCCCGGAAACACUUCAGGCCAGUACUGGCUUCUCUCCUGAUGAAGACAAUGGAGAGGAUGGUCCUGAGCCACCUCCAACACCUGGUGAGUGAUGCGAUGGAUACCCUGCAGUUUGCCUACAGACCUGGCAUUGGUGUGGAAGACGCUGUCAUCUAUCUGCUGCACAGAUGCCUUUCACACCUGGAGAAAACUGUAAGCGCUGUGAGGGCCACCUUCUUCAACUUCUCCAGUGCAUUCAACACCAUCCAACCAUCUCUGCUCAGGGGGAAGCUGGAAAGAGCUGGAGUGGACUGUAACCUGGCUGCUUGGACCACCGACUACCUCACCAACAGACCGCAGUACGGGAGGCUUUGCGACUGUGUGUCUGAAGUGGUGGUCUGCAGCACGGGGGCCCCGCAGGGUACAGUACUGUCCCGCUCCCUCUUCACCCUGCACACAUCGGGCUUCAGACACAACACAGACAGUUGCCAUCUCCAGAAGUUCUCCGAUGACACAGCCAUUGUUGUCACUUUCUCACUGCACCAGUGAACAUCCAGGGUUUGGACAUUGAGAUCGUGGAGGAGUACAAAUACCUGGGUGUUUACAUCAACGAUAAACUGGACUGGUCUCACAACACCAACGCCCUGUACAAGAAGGGCCAGAGUCGUCUCCACCUGCUGAGAAGACUGAGGUCCUUUGGAGUGUGCAGGUCACUGCUGAGGAGCUGACAUCUAUCAUGGACAACCUCUCCCACCCCCUGCAUGAGACUUUGGGAGACCUGAGUAGCUCCUUCAGUAACAGACUGCUGCAUCCACAGUGCAAGAAGGAGCACUACUGCAGGUCUUUUAUCCCAACAGCCAUCAGACUGUACAACACCAGACUGACCCAACAAUAAAGCUGCACUCUGGACUCGCUUUCUGGUCAUGUCUUUUUUUUUUUUUUUUUUUUUUUAAAUAAGCAAUUUUGCACAUAUUUUUAUCUACCUCAGUGAUUAUUGACAGUUUGACAGUGACCAUUUCUGUAUACGAACUGUACAUUUAUGUUUAUUACAGAGCUUUGUGAUGCUCUUUGCACUUUAUUUCUAUUCUUCUGUGCCUUUAUAUUUUAUUUCUUAUUAUUUCUUUACAUUAUUUUUUAUAUUAUAUGUCUACUCUUGUCUAUUCUUCACUCUUGUUUGUUCUCACUGCUGCUGUAACAAGUGAACUUUCCACAAGUGGGAUAAAUAAAAGUCUAUCUUAUCUUA